UCUGCCCAGGUCCAUCUGCAGACCCAGCAGGAGGUGAAGUUGCGCAUGUCAGGGAUGGCACUGCGUGUGGUUCGCAACGAUGGCUUUCUGGCCCUCUACAACGGGCUGAGUGCCUCCCUGUGUCGGCAGAUGACGUACUCCCUCACUCGCUUUGCCAUCUAUGAGACUGUGCGGGACGGCUUGAGCCAGGGGGCCCAGGGGCCCAUGCCCUUCUACCAGAAGGUGCUGCUGGGCGCCAUUGGAGGUUUUGCUGGAGGCUUCGUGGGGACCCCUGCAGACAUGGUGAACGUCAGGAUGCAAAAUGACAUGAAGCAGCCCGUCCAUCUGCGGCGCAACUACACGCAUGCGCUGAAUGGGUUGUAUCGAGUAUGUCGUGAAGAAGGCGUGAGGAAAUUGUUCUCUGGGGGGUCAAUGGCAUCAAGUCGAGGGGCCCUGGUUACUGUUGGACAGCUUUCCUGCUACGACCAGGCGAAACAGUUGGUUCUCAGCUCUAAUUUGCUCUCUGAUAAUAUCUUCACCCACUUCUUGGCCAGCUUUAUUGCCGGAGGAUGUGCUACAUUUCUCUGCCAGCCCAUAGAUGUCCUAAAGACACGGCUUAUGAAUUCCCAGGGUGAAUAUCGGGGGGUCCUGCACUGUGCAAUGGAGACAGCCAAGCUUGGACCACUGGCCUUUUAUAAGGGCCUUGUUCCAGCUGGCAUCCGUCUGGUCCCUCACACUGUACUCACCUUUAUCUUCCUGGAGCAGCUACGUAAAUACUUUGGAACGACAGUAAUGGCCUGAAGGAAAAAGGGCCUGCCUUGUUAGAGAUAUAAAUGACGGGGUCAAGGGCCUGGGAAGUGGGAUCUCCUAGGGC